UUCUCGGUGUUUAUUGUGGUAGCUGCUACUACUUCAAGAACCUAUCUUUUUCUUUUAUCAACUUAUUUUUUCACGCGCCACCGCCUCCACUCAGUCGGCGGUAAAUACCCAUUUCUUCUUCCUUCUCUUCCCUCUCCUCUGCUCCUCUCCAUUUAAAAAAAAACCCCAAAAAAAGAGAAAUCUGUACAAAAGAAAAAGUAAAGUUUGGCUCUUUAGCAAGGCUUAUUGAAGCACUUGGGAUUUUAGUUUGUUUCAUUUGUUGUCUCUCUAGGUUUUAUUGAUUAAUAACAGGAGGAGAGGGAAGAAAAAUCCCAAAAAGAAAAAAAAAGAACAUCUUAAAAAAAAGCUUUUUUUCCCGGUGUGUUUAGCUGUGUUUUCUAGGGAGAUGGCGCAAGUUCAAGUUCAGGGGCAGAAUGGGAAUGUCAACAAUGGAUCUGGAGGAGGCAGCAACCUGUUCAUUCCUACAUCGCUUUAUGUUGGGGAUCUGGAUCCAAGUGUGACGGAAACUCAUCUUUAUGAGUACUUUGCCCAGAUGGGUCCAGUGCUUACAGUUCGGGUUUGCAAGGAUUUGUCAACCCGGAGGUCUCUCGAUUAUGGUUAUGUCAACUUUGGAAAUCCUGAAGAUGCUGCAAGGGCAUUGGACCUUCUGAACUUCACUCUUCUGAACGGGAAGCCUAUCAGGAUCAUGUAUUCUAAUCGUGAUCCUAGUAUUCGUAAAAGUGGUGCUGGGAAUAUUUUUAUCAAGAAUUUAGAUAAGGGAAUUGACCACAAAGCUUUGCAUGAUACGUUUUCAUCAUUUGGGAACAUUCUCUCUUGCAAGGUAGCCACAGAUGCCUCUGGCCAGUCAAAAGGUUAUGGCUUUGUUCAAUUUAACAAUGAGGAAUCUGCCCAAAAGGCAAUAGAGAAGUUGAAUGGUAUGCUAUUGAAUGAUACGCAAGUCUAUGUGAGCCCCUUUGUUCGCAAACAGGAAAGAGACAGUUCUAUUAGCAACGUGAAAUUUAACAAUGUCUAUGUAAAGAAUCUCUCAGAAUCCACGAGUGACGAAGAUUUGAAAACCAUUUUUGGUGAAUUUGGUCCAAUCACUAGUGCCGCGGUGAUGAGAGAAUCAGAUGGAAAAUCCAAGGGCUUUGGGUUUGUCAACUUUGAGAAUGCAGAUGCUGCUGCUAGAGCUGUGGUGUCUCUAAAUGGAAAGAAAUUUGAUGAUAAGGAAUGGUAUGUUGGGAAAGCUCAAAAGAAAUCUGAAAGGGAGGUUGAUCUGAAACUUUGGUUUGAGCAGUCGGUGAAGGAGGCAGCAGAUAAAUUUCAAGGAGCAAACUUGUAUAUUAAGAAUUUGGAUGAAAGCAUAAGCGAUGUAAAACUUAAAGAGCUUUUCUCUCAAUAUGGUACCAUAACAUCAUGCAAGGUUAUGAGAGAUCCUAAUGGAGUUAGUAAAGGAUCAGGGUUUGUUGCAUUUUCAACUCCAGAAGAAGCAUCCAAAGCGCUGGUGGAGAUGAAUGGCAAAAUGGUUGUCAGCAAACCUCUCUAUGUUGCGCUAGCUCAAAAAAAGGAAGAUAGGAGAGCUAGGUUACAGGCUCAGUUUUCUCAAAUGCGAUCGAUUGCAACAACGCCUUCAGCUGCUCCACGUAUGGUAAUGUACCCACCUGGUGGUCCGGGUCUUGGGCAGCAAAUAUUCUAUGGUCAAAGGCCUCCGACUAUGUAUGCUCAGCCUGGAUUUGGAUAUCAACAGCAGCUUUUCCCUGGUAUGAGGCCUGGUGGGGCUCCCAUGCCAAAUUACUUUGUACCAAUGAUUCAGCAAGGCCGGCAGGGUCAGCAUCCUGGUGGCAGAAGGUACGGGGCUGUUCAGCAAAGUCAGCAACCAGUUCCAUUGAUGCAGCAGCAGAUGUUACCCCGAGGACGGGUCUAUCGCAAUCCACAAGGGCAUGGUCUACCUGAUGUUGCUGGAGGCAUGGUUUCUGUUCCAAAUGAUAUGGGUGGCAUGCCAAUGCGUGAUGUGCCCCUUUCUCAGCCAAUUCCUGUAGGAGCCUUGGCCACAGCCCUCGCAAAUGCAUCUCCAGAUCAGCAGAGAAUGAUGCUGGGAGAAAAUCUCUAUCCACUUGUUGAACAGCUGGAGUCAGAUGCAGCAGCUAAAGUAACAGGGAUGCUUCUGGAGAUGGAUCAGACUGAGGUUCUGCACUUGCUCGAGUCACCAGUAGCUCUUAAAGCCAAGGUUGCUGAAGCAAUGGAGGUUCUUGGGACCGUUGCUCAGCAGCAGCAGACUGGUGCUGGCAAUGCUGCUGAUCAAUUGGCUUCAUUGUCUUUAAGUGACAACCUUGUCUCCUGAUUUUGACAACCUGCUGGAGUUCUCCUUAAACACCAUUGUUGUGAGGCCUCCGUUGAGUUUGAAACUAGUCGCUUCGUUCGUAGUUGGUUGGUUUUGAUUCGAUACUUCCUCAGUGUUUUGGAACUUGCAUACCACAGCUCUAUGCUUUGUAAUUUGUGGCUAUGUGACCGUGUAUGAAUUUCAUGCAUCAUACUGCUGUCUUUGGGAUUGGAUUGAUUUUUUUUUUUGGGUGAAUAAUCUUGGAGAUACAUUGAACAGUAUUUAGAUUGAUAUUUACUUGGGUUUGCAUUGCUUUCGAAA